AGCGGCCGUUUGGCGUGUGCGAACCCUGGGCGUGUGGGCCCCGGUGAAGGCGCGUGGGCGAGGUGCUGGCCCGAGGCACAGCCGCGCCGUCUACGACCCGAGACACGUCAGGGCAGCCGCCGUUCCUGUGAGCCCGUGACAGAGUCGAGGUCGACGGCGACGUCUCCUCCCCCGUUGCUUACUGACACAGGAUCAACUCAAGCGGCACCAUGUUUUCUCGUAUGUUCCUCAAGCAGGCCGUGAUACCCUUCACUGUGGGGGCAUGGGGCUUUUCUCAUGGCGGUCAAGGCAAGAGCACAGGUGGCAAGGUUGAUCAGGCGACCCUGAACACGCUGGAGGCAGACUUCAAGAAGCUUCAGGGUGCCAGCAACUGCCAUUCCCUCCUAAAGAAGUACCUAACCAAGGAUGUCUUCGACAAGCUCAAGACCCGCAAGACUGCCAUGGGUGCCACACUCUUGGAUGUCAUCCAGUCUGGCGUCGAGAACCUGGACAGCGGCGUAGGCGUGUACGCGCCAGACGCCGAGUCUUACACGGUGUUUGCCGAGCUGUUCGACCCGGUGAUCGACGACUACCACAAGGGCUUCCCUCCUGGCGCCAAGCACCCGCGCACGGACUUCGGUGACAUCAACACGCUGGUCAACCUGGACCCCAAGAACGAGUUUGUCAUUUCCACCAGGGUGCGCUGCGGACGCUCGCUGCAGGGUUACCCGUUCAACCCGUGCCUGACCGAAGCCCAGUACAAAGAAAUGGAGAAGAAGGUCAGCUCGACCCUCACCUCUCUUACCGGAGAGCUCAAGGGCACCUACUACCCCCUGACGGGAAUGAGCAAGAAGGUGCAGCAGCAGCUCAUCGACGACCAUUUCCUGUUCAAAGAAGGAGACCGCUUCCUCCAGGCAGCCAACGCCUGUCGCUUCUGGCCAACGGGCAGAGGCAUCUACCACAACGAUGCCAAGACCUUCCUUGUCUGGGUGAACGAGGAGGACCACUUGCGCAUCAUCUCCAUGCAGAAGGGAGGGGACCUAAAGGAGGUCUAUGGCCGUCUGGUCAAAGCGGUGAAGGAGAUUGAGAAGAAGUUGCCCUUCGCGCGGGAUGACCGCUUUGGGUACCUGACCUUCUGCCCCACCAAUCUGGGUACCACUAUCCGUGCGAGUGUGCACAUCAAGUUGCCCAAGCUUGCCGCCAAUAAGCAGAAGCUGGAAAAUAUUGCUGCCAAGUACAACCUGCAAGUGCGAGGUACCCGUGGCGAGCACACCGAGAGCGAAGGCGGUGUCUACGAUAUAUCAAACAAGCGCCGACUUGGCCUCACGGAGUACCAGGCUGUGAGGGAGAUGCAGGACGGAAUCCUCGAACUGAUCAAGCUAGAGAAAGAGUCCUAGGACCGGUCCUCGCCAUCGGAGAGAAGCAAAUAGGGAGGCUUCUGUAUUGAAAUUUGCGCAACUGCGCAAUCGACAAAUUCACUGUAAAUAGAUGCACUGUAUC